CGGGUUUUUCGUGCAGACCCCCCGGCCGCGCUGUCCUGGUGGCGGGCCCCCGCUCGGCAGGUUGCCGGGGAGACCAGUCAGUGCCCCGGGGCCCGGCUUGCCCCCUGCCUGCGGGGAUGGGGAUCACAAUCCCCGCGGGCCACGUCAGCCCCGUGCCGGGAGGGGAGAGGGGCCGGCUCGGGACAGCUGCUGCGAUCCGGGGGUGGGGGCCGGGCCGGGCCGCCUGGGGACGCUAUGAAUUAGGAGGCCUGGGGAGCAGCCCCAGCUGGUGCCUGGUACAGCUCAGGAGGCCGGACAGCGGCUGUGAAUAGCCCCCCACCCGUGCCCUGGCUGGGGGCGGGGGGGUUAUGGUGUGUGUUAGCCUCACCUGCCCCUCCCAGCCCACCUUCCCCGGGGCCAUGGUGCCAUCGCCACGCCCCCGGGCCAGCUACAGCCUGACGGGGGUGACCCCGGCCAGCACGGUGCUGGUGUACCGCAACGGGGACCCCUUCUUUUCGGGCAGGAAGUUCGUGAUCCACCAUCGCUACGUGAAGACUUUCGAGGCGCUGAUCGCCCUGCUGAACGAAGGGGUGGAGGUGCCCUUUGGGGUGAGGACCCUGUACACCCCCCAGGAAGGGCACCGCCUCCGCAACCUGUCCGACCUAAAGCAGGGCGGCAAAUACGUGGCUGCCGGGCGGGAAAAGUUUAAAAAACUGGAUUAUAUUCAUAUAAGCAUAAAAAAACCACAAAGACGACGGAAGGUAGUGGUGAUUAAACCAGUAGUUCAUAGUAAAAUACGUGUGCCUUCCAGGUGGCAACUGAUCUAUAAUAAGCCACGUAAUAUCAAUGUUUUCACAAAUGGAGAUAUGCUUAAACCACCUGUAAAAUUUAUUAUACCCAGGUUUACUUUGAAAAGCUGGAAUUGCGUCCUUGCACUAAUAAAUGAAAAAAUCUUUCUUCGCUGCGGUGGUGUUCAUAGCCUCUACACAUUGGAUGGUCAUGCUGUACAUGACUCAGAUGGCUUAGAAGAUGAUCAUUAUUAUGUUGCAGUGGGCAAAGAAAAGUUUAAAUCUUUGCCAUACUGGCGUUCUUCCAGAGUUUCACCAGAAGUUCAGCGCAGAUAUGGUGAGUCUCCAAAAAGGCCCAGAAAGAAAAAGGCAAGAUCAGAGAAACACAGUGCAAGUCAACCUUCUUGUAAACAUUCAGCAAAAUCACAGAAAAGUCCCAAACCAGCAGAUGGAAAAGCACACUCAGUUUUUUAUGCCAAAGAAAGCAAAGAAGUCAAGAAGGCAAGACCUGAAAGGACUACACCCCUGGGAUCUGAUAAGGCACCAAGUAUUUUUAAAGCUGGUAAACCCCGGGGAGAAGUUCAAGGGGCAGCAGAGGUACAAGAAGACAAAAAUCUGAAAGUGGAAAUGCCUAUUGAUCAGGUUCCAGCUCAGAUUGUCCAAGAAGAAGAAAUUGUGGCACCUGCCAGUACUCCUGCUGAUGAGGUCGAGGAAGAUGGAAGUGCCUAUGAGGAUAUUGAAAAAAAGGAAAAGAAGAAAGAAUGGAGCUUCAAAAAUAUGUUUGGAUUCUUUCUCAAAAAGCCUGAAGAAUCUAAAGACAAAGAGGGAGAAUCCGAACAAAAUCAGCCUGCAGAGGAACCCAUACCAGAAGAAAUUAAUGAAAAAAAAAGGAACAUAAAAAGAUGAUUUCAAAUGUCAUGUCAUGUGCUAUAGAGGAUUUUAAUGAUGCAGGCCAGGAUGUAGUUUGCAACUCAUGAAAUAUCAUGCUUACUACAGGGGACUAUCUUCUGCACCAUCAGUUAAGACAUAAAGUUCCUCAUAAAGAAACAAAUACAUUCCUCCAUCUUUCUUGCACAAUUAGAAGUGUAAACCUUUAGUGAGUGGUUAUGUGAUCUAUACUCAGUCAUUGGGUAUGUAUACAUGCCUCCUAUUAAGCCUUGACUAGUACGUUUGAGAAUGAAGGAGUUUAAUUAGUGACUACCAAGUACUGCAAUCUUUACUGUACAUGUUAUUGAUGAUUAAUUUUUUUUGUAAUUUUCUGAUGAGUUAUUUCUCUGUUUCUGCCUAAUCAGCAGGCAUACUGCGAAAUAUAACGCACUUGCAAGAAUAUUACCGUCUCAUAAGAUGAAUAUGUUUGAUGAUUAAAUUAGGUAGAAUAAAGUAAUAACAGUCACAUACUCAAGGAGAAUGACAUGCUGAUCCUUUGCUUUGGUUUGAUGACCUUUAUAAAAAACAGAAUAGCAUUUUAGAAACAAUCCAAUCUAUUUCAAGUCAGUCCCAACAUAACAAGGAAAUGUAAAGAAUCCUCAAUAAGCCAUAUGCUUUUGCAAAAUGAAGGAAUUUCUCCUCAGUUAAAUUAAAAAUACCAGCCUUGAUCUGAGGUCAACAUGACAUAAAUCACUGAGGUAGCAAAAAAUUCUCAAACCUGAUAAGAAAACAUAUUUGCUGCUAAAUUUAAUUACUAACCUUGAUCAGAAAUGUGCUUGCAGCCUAGCAUUCAUAUCAGGAAGAGACAGACUUCUGUGAAAACAAAAUGAAAUAUCUGUUGUUUCCUGCAUAUAAAAUAAAUCCUUUCCUACCCACAUUUUCCCUAAUGAUAAGCACCAGUUUUUAGCCAUAUCUUUACACAAUGUAGUAUUCAUGAACUCGUAACUGUUCUUCCAUGAAAUACAAUUGUUUGAUGUAGGGCCAGCACAAUUCUGAUUGAGAACUAACAUGCAGAAGAUGAAAGAUUUGGAACAACUUAGGCAAUAUUACUCCUUGAGCUGUCUGUGACUAAGGCCCUGAUUCAGGACAGUACUUCAGCACAUGCUCAUGUGCUGUCCUGAAUCGUGCUUUCCUGAAUCAUGGCCUAUAUGCUUAGUGUUUGGAGAACAGAGUGAGCGAAUAUGUAUUCACACCCAGAAGGAAAAACCCUGGUGCUCCCCUGUCAUUCUGUUUGUAUCCAUGUAUUGUAAGCUCUUUGGACUGUCUUUCUCUUCUGUGUCUGUACAGCUGCUAGCGCAAUGGGGUCGUGGUCCAUGACUGGGGCUCCUUGGUAUUAUGAUAAUAUGCAUAAUACAUAAUAGUAGAAUAGUGUUUUCACUAAUUAAGUCUCUUCCCAAGAAGAAAGACAGGAGAUGAAAAAGAGGUCUUUGUAAGGUAUUGGUUUGGUUUGGCAACCUUUGAUUCAGGAAUUAUGGUGGUAAGAGCUGUUGCUUUAAAUUAGAUAUCCAUGGCUGCAUAUAUGUAUCAUUCAGAAGCUAAUCAACCUCUCCUAUUCUGUGGAGAAUCAUUUUGGUGAAAAGGUUGAGGUCAGUAUACAGAGUUAAAGGAAACCAAGGCCUGCUUUGUUCUCUGUAUUUCACAAACUCUUCUACUGUAGAGAGGCAAACGGGAAAGUGCUAGUCCUAAGGGACCUUAUGCCAAUGGAGGCUCAUCAUAGGGGAACAGAUUCCACCCUUAGCACCCUCUACACUGCAAUCAGGACAGCUGGGGCAGGAAAUGUUGCUGCCAGCAUUCCUCCAGUUCGCUUCCUUCUCCUUCAGCGAAAUUCUUUGCUGGUGGGUUAUGGUUAGAAUCUGGUUCCUUUGUGCAGCUCAGGUGAUGUGAAAGGGCUGGAGUAUAAUGCAAAAUCUAGCCUUUAAAGUAAAGAAAAUUGUUCAUGUGUAAUUCUUUUUCUUUUGAAGACUACACAAGAUUUCCACUCACCCACAUACCAAACCAAACUCUGCUCAUUACAUUGAUUUUUGUUCAUCCUGGCAGAUAAAUCUUGUGUGUUUGUUUCAACAGCGUAUUUAUGGGAAUUUUUGCUUGCUGUGUUGUCAGGAAGUUACUGGGUGGUUCUAAGGAGGACCCUGACAAUUGGAAUAGAGGGAUUUGGGUGGGGGCUCAACUACCAGUACUGCAGAGGUCCUAAAAGCUAGCAGAAUUCUUGGGACAUUGUGUUUCCAACAUAAGGAGCCAAGAGUCUGAGUAAUUUGAUGCUAUCUUUACAGAAGAGUUAUUACAGGUAAGCAAUUUUCUUUACUAGUAAGCUGAAAUUUAAUUUGAAUGUAGAAAAAUAAUACUCACUUUGGGAUACACAAUGCAGCAUAAGGUACAGAUACUGGUCUAAUUAAGUUUGUUUCCCAUUAUAGUAUAAUAAAAAUAGCUCUGAAACAUCAAGUUAGUGCAACUCUGAACUGCAUAGCCUCCUUAAGUAGCUGUCAGACCUUGCAUCUUUGUGCAUGAAGUAUAGGACAGUUCCCAUUCUAACUUGUGAAAUUUGUAUUUCUGGAGCUUUUACCAGGUUUAACCUUCAUAAACUCAGAUGGCUCAAGAAAAUGGAAUAGAGGGUAAUAUCUCAUGUCCUAGACAAAUUUCUUUAAAUCACAAGGUCACCUUGUGCCUCAGCAAAUUAAAAAACCACAAAUUACAAGAACAAAUUAACUUAGAAGAAGAAAGGUACAAAUGACAUAACUACAGAGCACUGAACAGGAAAGCAUUGUUGUGUAGCUUCCGGAUGCCAAGUACAUGUUUAACACAAGAUCUUGCAUGGAAAAGCUGAACCUGCAGUUUUUUGGUUAGGAUCUGUUUAUUGGGAGGGAGAGAGAAACUGGGUACGCUAUUGACAUCUUGACUGAAGUAAUGUAAACAAUGAGAUGUUGGUCUUAAUGCUAUCAAAGAUGAGAAGAGCUCUCAAGUUACAGGUAACGGAGAGAUGAACAAGAUAUUUACUAAUUAUGCAGAGUUUAUUUGACCCAGAUAUGAGAUCAUUUUUUUUAAAGAGCACUUGAUACUGGUAGCCAGCAUUUGAUAUGGUUGAAUAAGGUCAAGAUACCAGCAUGGAGGAUAUUAUAUUUUGGGUAUGUUUAAUGUGAUUUAAACAUUUUACACAUGUACCCCAGCCACGUUAGAAACAGAACACGUUAGCUAUAUAUAUAAAAACCUCAUGGAAACCAGAUUUACUUACCUUUUUACACUUAUUUUAAAUGUUAUGAUUAGAGCUAGCAAGGUCACCUUCCAAGAGUUCAUAAAGUGUGAAAUAUCCUUGAAAAACAGGUUUAACCUUAAUGUCACUGCUGGCACUGCUAGAUUUGUCAAGAGGUGUUGGAGUGGGGCUCAGGGUCCCCAGACUCUUCUGCAGAGGCUAUUGUCAGAAGCCAGCACGGCAGAAAGGAAGGCAGCACAUGCCAUGCCUUGUUUCAGAGUACAGCAAUGGCUGCAUGAGCAUGUGGUCCUCUCCCUGACAAUGCUACUGUGCAUCUCUAUGAAACAUCAAGGCAGUUGAAUUUCUCUGGAAUGAUGUCAAGGAGAAAGUGCAUGAGAGUUAGAGAUAACUUGUUCUUAGCCGAAAGGAAUCCAGUUUGGUCCAGCAUUCCAACAGAAGCCUGAGAAAGACAACCCAAUAUCUAUCUUAAUGCUGUUCAUUUUUCAAAUAUUAGAUGCUAAUCCUGGAUUCAGAGCCAAGGGUAUGUCAUUCAACAAAACAUCCAAGAUAGGCUAGGACCAGUGGUGUGCAGAGUGAAGGGGUGAAGAGGUAGAAUUACUCCUUUUUGAGAAACUAUGGGUCAGAGGCUCAGCUGGUGUAAAUUGGUGCAGCACCAUGUAAGUCAGUGCAACUAGGCCAAUUUGCAACAGCUGAGGAUCUGGCCCCAUAACUCCGCAUUUCCAACUUUCAGGCCUUUACUCGUUUUAGGGUGGUCUUAACUCAGAGUGUUUUUGGAUUUCAAAUGUUUUAUUUUUAAAGAAGUUAUAGCUCUAAUUAGAGAUGGGUCCAAGCCAGGCCAUUUGAGCAUCACUGAACUUUUGUAGGGGAGGGGUGCCAGAUCACAGAUGCAAACUAUAAUGGAUGGUUCCAUUCUCUACAACUGGCUAAAUCAAAACUCUGGAACCAAACACUCCUGCCAUUUGGGAGUUUUCCAACUUUGGAUCUGAAUUUUGCAGCUCUGACUCAUCUAUUGAUUUGAAAGGUUUGGAUUAUUUUCCUUAUGUUGUUGAUACAAGUUUAGUGUUAAUCCCAGUUUAGUAAAGUCUUUGGUCUAGGGCUGAGACCUUUGAGUCCUGAUUCCCAAUUUUGUUAAAUAAUCAGUAGAUCACAACGAAGAUAGACUUUCUUUUCUUUCCUGGGUCAUAUGAAUUAAUCUGUUCCUUGCCAUUGUUCCUUGUUCCAUAGCUAUUAUAGAACUUCAGUCCUUUUUUUUGUUUUUUUUACAUGUAGUUUAGAGACAAACUGAUUAUAACAAAGAUAACAGUGGGAAGGGAGGGGCAUCUUUCGAUAUAAAACUAUGUAAGAAUUUCCAAAUAUUAAAAAAUACUCUUUAAACUCAUAGUAAACAUUAAGCUUCUACCAAGCAAGCUAUAGGAGAACGCUCAUUCUUUCUGAGCUGUGAUGUUAAUCAGCUAUUGUCACUCAAGACACAUAAGUGGACAUUGAGUUAUGAGACACUGUUUUAUUUGAUAAAUGACAUUUCCAACUAGUAUUUAAAAAAUCAAUUUCUACAUAGCAAUUGUCAUGUUUCACCUUAUAUUUGAACUGAAGUGCUAUAGUGAAACUCAUGAGAAUGCAGAUUAUCAAUCAUUUUAACCUUCUUCACAAUUUUUUUAAUUCCCAGUUUAGCACAUAUUGAAAAUAGCGGCAGAUAAGACCAUAAGGAUUAGGUGGAAAAUGUGGAACACACUAGCUGACCUUUACAUAUAAACUCUGUUGUUGCAAGCCCUACACACCUGUGAGCUGCAAAAGAAAGUAAUAGAUUCUUGUGGAAAUAAAAAAAAACGUAUAAAAAUUUUUAAACACACACACCAAGACACCAGCCUUUUAGAAUAUCUUCUGUGGCAGUUGCUAAUAAUUUCUGGAUUAUAAUAAGUAACAUAAAACACUUUGAAUGAGAACAGCUGUAGAUACAGGUUUUUGGGUUUUUUUACAGAUGCUGUAUCUAUUUUUGAGCAGUGAGUGCAUUUGGAGAAGAAGGGACCCAAUCAUCUGAGUGCUCAGCUCCCAGUGGCUUUAUGGAGGUGCUCAUCCUCUUACAGAGCUGGAGUCAAAGGGGGAAAUUUAGUUUAGGAAGGGAUGGAAUUUUGUUUUGUCAUCAUUUAGACUGUAUAUAGCCUUAUUAGUCUUUGAAGCCACGAGGGAUUUAAAAUACAGAAUUGCUUAUGAAAGCCCAACAGCUGUAAGAUAGGGAAAAUACAUGUUCCUUUUACAAGUGGUAAAUAUAUGGGCAUAAGUAGGCCAAAGAGCUAGCUAUGAAUAUGACAAGAUACUUCUUGUUAAUGAAAAAAUAGGACUAAAACUAUACUUUUGCGGAGCUAUAUCUGGACUCAUUCUGAAAAUUAAGUUUCAACUUUCAUGUGAGUUUCACCUUAAAUUGAUCUCUAGGCUUUUCCAAUCAAUCUUCACACAUUAGAUUGCUAAUUCUGAGUUAUAACGUCCAUUGACAGUCUACACUAUGGAUUAAGUGUGAAAUCAUGCAAAUACAAGUCACAAAUCACAAAAGAAGAGGUUAGCCUCUGGCAUGCUUAGCUGACAUCUCUAGAGAAAUUUCUCAGAAAGUGCUUAUAGUAUAGAUCUUUGCCAAGAUUGAAGUGCAAGAUAGCAAAUCCCUCUGGUCCAGUCUAACUCUUUCUACCUUAGUGCAGUAAUUGCAAACAGGUCAGGAAAAUUUGGUUUCUAGAGGAAAUAAUUUAUCAAAACAACUUCAAGUGAUUCCCAAAAUGGAAUUUGGAAUUAUGACUCUCUGGCUUAUUAAAGUAUUGAUAGUUGUGAUAUUGACUUGCAGUAGGAAAUUUUACAUCAUAUUGUCAAGUAACACUAUAGUAUGUAGAAGUAAAAGACAAACAAAACAGAAAUUUGCUAUUGAUUUCCUCCCAGAAUGAAAACACAGCAGUCCAGAUGGUCAGCUGCAGAAAAUCAGUGCAGCUCCCUUGUCUUCUGUGGAGCUAUGUCAGUGUAUACCAAUUGAGUAUGAGGUGUUUUAAAUACAUAAUAGAAAUACAUGCUAAAUAAGCUUCCAUUUUACAUUGUGCUGUCAGCCUAAAGUAUCCUGAAACAUAGGCGCCGACUCCGUGGGUGCUCCGGGGCUGGAGCACUCAGGGGGAAAAAUUGGUGGGUGCUCUGCACCCACUGGCAGCUCCCUGCCCCAGCUCGCCUCUGCUCCGCCUCCUCCCCUGAGCGUUCCGCUUGAUUCUGCUUCUCUCCCCCUCCCAGCGCUUGAGCCGCAAAACAGCUGUUUCGCGCAACAAGCCUGGGAGGGAGUGGGGAUGAGGGGGAAUGUGGCGCUCGUGGGGGAGGAGGCAGGGCUGGGGCGGGGAUUUGUGGAAAGAUCCAAUAGGGGCGGGGCGGGCGCAAGCACCCACCGGCACCAACAAAAGUUGGCGCCUGUGUCCUGAAAGUCUUCAUGUACUGAGGGCUAACGCCUGCCCUGUGGUGCACGAGUGUGCAAGGCUGGGAACUUGGGAAUAGGGAGCCCUUCCCACUGCACACACAGCCAGGCAGCUCCCUCCAUAGUUCACAGGACUUGUGCUUGGUUAUAAUGCUGGAGAAUGCACCAUGUCCCCAAGCUGUGCCUUGCCAAAAUUGACCUCAGGUGCAGGAAUUCACUGGCAGAUGGUUGGGUGUGCUCAUGUCCAGGGCCAGAUUAAGACCUUUAAAGGCCCUAAGAACGGAAAAGAUUAUUGUGCCCCCCAUAUGUAAUUCAAAAUAAAAACAAUACUAUACCAUAAAAUAAAAUUUUAUUUUUUGAAAUGACACAAAACUUACAUGUAUGCUGAAAUUAAAAUAGCUUCUUUCUAGAUUUUCUGAUUGCAAAAUUCUGGAUAAGUUCAUCGAAGCUGACUCGACGAAGCAUGUCUGCUUCCAUACACACUAGGGAAAGUGAAUCAAGUCUGUCCUGACACAUUGUUGUUCUCUGAGGGUUUUUUAUUCUUUUCAGCUGAGAAAGAGAGCAUUCUGUGGAGCAGUUAGUAAUCAUCAAUGUUAGAAAAAUACGUAGUGCGAUUUCUACAUUUGGAAACACACAUUGUAUUCCGUCUUUCAGUAUUGUGUCAUGAAGAUCAAUGUGACUGAAUUUUGUUUUUCCUGUUUCAUUAAACUUUGCGUGCAUAUAACAGUGGAACUGCCGUACUUCUCCACAGAGAUUCAUAUUCAAGUCAACAGGGUAUGAGUCAACUAGCUCUUGGAAACCUUGUGAAUAUUAUUCGUCAGAUAAGUUCACAUCGUUUAGAAAAGAAAAUCUAUUUGAUACUUCUUUGUACACUUCGCCUCUCCUCUUCAUAUGAGCUUCAAGUGUAUCAAUUAUAGCGUAGUAAGUAGAUGCGCAAUAUUACACAAUGUACACUAUAUCUAUCUAUCUAUAUCUAUAUAUAUAUGAAAGAAAAUGAAUCAAGUACGUAUAACUCAGAAGAAUAUAUCAAUAAUAAAACAAAUUUAUUGCAAUACAUGA